CUGGCAGCACUGGCAUACCGAUCACAAGUUGAUAGAUAUUUAUAAAAAAAAAAAUUGUGCUAUUUACAAGGCAGGCUGUAGAUUUUUCCGGAAAAACCGAACUCCACAGCAGUAUUCCAAGGACCCAUUGUCAAGCAGCAGCAGCACAGUAUCACAAUGGAGAACAACGAAGCCCCCACACCCUCUGGAUCCAAUAACAACGAUUUUCCCAUACUUCCGCCACCACCGAACGCGCACGACAACAACUACGAUCAUCAUCAAUAUGGGGACCAUCACAUCAGCAACAACAAUGCGGCCAACAAGCGCCUGCAGCAGACACAGGCCAAGGUGGACGAGGUGGUCGGCAUCAUGCGGGUGAACGUGGAGAAGGUGCUGGAGCGGGACCAGAAGCUAUCAGAGCUGGGCGAGCGGGCCGAUCAGCUGGAGCAGGGAGCCUCCCAGUUUGAGCAGCAGGCCGGCAAGCUGAAGCGUAAGCAGUGGUGGGCCAACAUGAAGAUGAUGAUCAUCCUAGGCGUAAUCGCCGUCGUGCUGCUCAUCAUUGUCCUGGUGUCGGUCUGGCCAUCUAGCAGUGGCAGCGUUAGUGGUGGAGGAGCUAAGGCAGUCAACGAGGCCCAGUAUAUCCCUCCCCCUCCGGACAAGUCUUAGAGGAUACGGAACGGAAAUGGACCAAACAACUAUUCUAGGACGGGAAUCCUUUCGCGAAAGCACACACAUACACACACAGAGGAGGGGAGGAAAAUUCAAAAGAAGAUAACUUACUAAAAUCGCGCCUAAAACAUAUAUAUAUAUAUAUAUUUAACCAGAAUGUAAUUAUUAAAACUUAAUGUUAAACCAAACACACAUUUACGUAUUGUAGCCGUGGCCAAAGGUCCUUGAUAUGUACGUUUUAUAUAGAUACUUGUCUGUCAUCCAAUUGAAAAUACAUGAUGCCACCUACACUUUAACCGAA